AUGUCCAUGGACACGGAUUAUUUACCCGAUGUACAUAAUCCACCAGGAAAUGCCAUCAGACUCCUCAAUUUGCUGCCCGGACAAUUCUCAGAUGACGUCUACAUCUCCAUCAUCCACGAAAGGCUCCAAGACGAACCUCGCACACCCUAUGAAUGCCUCUCGUACACAUGGGGCUCCGCAACGCAAGCCCACCAGAAGCUGUACAUUUGGCAGAAGCACACCACCGCCGGCGGCGAAAGGCUUAGCCUGCAGUAUCUCAACGUCCGCACUAACCUCAUGACCGCACUGCAACAUCUACGCCACCAUGAUCUCCCGCGAGUGCUCUGGAUCGACGCCGUAUGUAUCGACCAGACGAAUCUCACCGAAAAGGGCCAGGAAGUAGCCCGCAUGGGACAGAUUUACAAUAAAGCUUCGCGCGUCGUAGUCUGGCUCGGCCCAGAAGACGAAAGUACGCCGUUGGCUCUGGACAUCAUCCAGCGAAUAAGUACAGGUGUCGAGUUGACGUGGGAUCACCGGGGCAUUAACCGCACGCUUCCCGGGAGCGAGGCGCAGGUCCUGGAGCAGCGGCCCGAGGACUCGGCACUGAGUCCGGAGCACUGGAUGGCGUUGAGUAGGUUUCUGCGCAGACCAUGGUUUAGUAGACUGUGGAUUAGGCAGGAGGUGCAGUUGGCGUCGGAGGUGCGGGUUCUGUGUGGUAAGAAGGAGGUGGAUUGGGGAAGUUUGGAGAAGAUGAGUGUGUUUGUGGAACAUAAGAUGGAUAGGAAAUAUAUCGGCGUUCAGGAAAUUUUGUUCUGUCGCUCGUUGUUUAGGUACUUGGGGUCGGAUAGUUUAAUAUACACCCUCCACCGCUCAAGUCUCUGCAACUACUUUGACUCCCGCGACCUCAUCUACGCCAACCUCUCCACCUCGACCGCCAUGUCCGCCCUGCACAUCGCGCCAGAUUACUCUCUCACUCCCGCCCAAGUCUACAAAGAUAUGACACUACGCUAUAUCGCCCGCUUCCAGACCCUCGACCUCUUCCGCUCAUGUGACUUCGAAACCUGUCCACCAGGUUUUAAUUCGUUUGUCCCGGACUACGCGAGCCCGAAAUCAGAAUCGCGAUUGUUUGCUGUGCAUGCGCAUGCUGGGUCCCAGCAGUCGUAUGUGGGUACGGGGGAUGGAGGUAUAGUUGUGAGAGGAGUGGAUGUGGAUGGUGUAUGUAAAGUGUCACCUGCACGCAAACCCCUGGCUGUGCGCACGCAUGAAGACGACAAUCACGCAGACAUAAUCGCUACGUAUCGCACGUGGGAGCCACCCGGACUCAUGGAGUCUCUGUAUCCGCUCGGUGGAACUCUCCUCGACGCUUUCGUCCUACUCCUCUCCAACGGCUUUUGCAAGGAUGCGUAUUACGAUGGUCACCUACCCACGUUCGCAGAAUCCCGCGACACAUUUAUAGCGUGCGUAUGGUCCAGCGGCGAUGCGGAGUUGUGCACGGAACCUAAUCAUAGAGCGUACAUCAAGGAACUUACUAGUGAUCGGCGGGGAGAAGUGUUUUUCACGACAGAGAAAGGGUAUUUAGGUGUGUCUCCUGCGAGUGUCAAGGCUGGUGAUGCUGUCGCCGUACUGGCGGGCGCGAGUGUGCCAAUUGUACUGCGGCCGCAACACACCUUGGACAGCAGAAAGUACCAGAUCGUAGGUCCAUGUUACAUCCAGGGUCUGAUGCUCGGGGAGGGCUUACUCGGUCCGCUGCCACCGGGCUGGAUGGGCGUGAUGCACGAGACUCGCAAAUGGUGUUUCCAGACUACAGAUAGUGUGCUUAGGACAUGGGAGGAUCCGCGGCUGUGGAGUUUGCCGGGGCAUUGGCAAGCGCAUUUCUGCGAUAUCCAAAAUACAGUGGAGAGUUGUCAGGGAGGCUGCGAGAUUAAAUAUGUGAGGGGUGCGAGGUUGGCGGAUCGUUGGUUUUUAGAUAUGAGGUCAGGGGAGAGAAGGAGAGAGGAUCCGAGGUUGACUAUAGAAGGGUUAGAGGAGGGUGGACUUGUGCUAGAAGCUUUUGAGCUAGUGUAA